CGUAGCCUUGUUAUCGUUUUUAACUUCCGGUACAGUUUGUUCAUUGCUAACACGUUGCAUCCUCACAAGUUGGUACCGGUGAAAGAAAGGAAAGAAAGAUUCUCAAAAUGACUUUUAUGACUUCGUGGGAAGAGUUUUCAAAAGCUGCCGAACGUCUAUAUUUAAAUGACCCGUCAAAAUGUCGAUAUACAAUCAAGUACAGACAUUGUGAUGGGAAAAUUAAUGUGAAAGUGACAGAUGAUUCUGUGUGUUUACAAUAUCGUACAGAACAUGCACAGGACGUGAAGAAAUUGGAAAAGUUGACAAGCUUAUUGAUGAGACACAUGGCUUCAAAGGAAAAGUGAUUGUAUAAUCAGUCCAGCAUUAUCGAGUGAAAGGGAAAAACAUGAACAAGAUCCUACAGUACCUGUAUAAAAUGGAAAAGUUUGUAAAAUAUUUAUACUGUCUGGACGAGGACACCAGAACGAUGUGUGAAACAGAAUUAAUUUAACUUAAGGAGACAUUUGUAAAACAAAAAAUGAGGUCUAGUUUCUGUAGACUGGAAGACAAAUUUGAAAUAUUAUGGUAAAAUAUAAAAUAACAGGAAGAAAUAAUGAGUUAUGGUAUUGUCCACACAGGUUCUGAUCCAAUGUUUUUUGUACUCUUUGCUGCCUAUGUAGCAGAUGUUAGAGAUGGUUGAUGUGGAAUUGAGAGAAUGUGGUGUGUUACUGUGAAUGAUUGAAGUAUUGAUGUAUAUCAGGAUGAACUUCUGACAGGCCUUCACAUUGUACACAUGAAUUUGCUGAACAAUUGAUUUGAGAAUGCGUGCGUUUCAUGUAUUAUUUGUUUGCAUGAACCAAUUCUAAACAUUGUACCGUAUUUGCUAUAGGGUGUUGUCUUAAAUAUUUAAUGUUCUUACCUAUAUUUUUCCUUGUAUGGUAAUGUGUGUAGCCAAUACCACAAAAGUAGACCAACUGAUGUAUUUGGUAUAGUCAAAGGGGCAUAACUCUUGGCAGUGCACCAUAUGCAGUGUGCACCCAAUGUAUAGUCAUUUUAAUAUAUUAAUCAGGUAAACACUUGCAUAAUUAUCUGCACCCAUUUUCAAGUUUUUGUAUUAUUAUAUUAAUUAACUUAAACUUAAUUUUAAAACAUUUUCGAGAUGAAUUUCUUCACUAAUUUAUAAUCAUUUGUAUAUUUUUUUAUUUGACCUGUGUGUUUGUAUUUAUGAGCCUUAAAGUUGUUUUACAUUUUACACUGCAAAAAAAAAGGUAAUUUGCCAAAAAAAAAGGAGUCAGGCAUAGAUAGGAGACAUGUUCAACAGCGUGACUUUGAAUUACUUUAAAACCCCAUAUUAUGGUUAAUCUCUUUUCAUUUAUACAGAAAAUCAUUAGGUACCUGUAUCAAUUUUUUUUUUUUUUUAUUAAUUUAAUUUAAAGUUAUGAUUUGCUGUAUAAGAACAUGUAAAAUAAAAAAAUAAGAUACUGUAUUAAAGUGAAUUUGGCAGGUUUUGUGCAUACAUGUAAUCAGGUAUACUUCAUGGUGCAAUUUUACAUUUAGAACAUGGGAUAAUUAACAGCCACUAAAACUGAACUCUGGGGCGUUUAGCCCAGGAGGAUAGGUGGCCAUUUGUUAGAUGAGCUAAAGAGAAGAUAAUGACGGUCUGAUGUACAUGUAGUUUGAGAUAUCCUUCGUGCAGUAAAGGGAGGUAACUUUACUCUUGUCCUUAAAGGACUUGUGAAAUAUACAUCAUUUGCAAAUAAACUGUUUAGUAACGAU